AUGCCAGCAAGGAGAAGUGCAAGACUCGAGGCCAAGACUGACGAACCUGUCCCUUCUGAGAAGCAAACCCAGGAACCCAAGAAAACACCCAAGCGCAAGGCUCCAAGUUCGAACGAUGACAACCCUAUCAAAAAAGCACCCAAGACCAAAUCGGCGGAUAGGACACCCGACUUCAAGUCUCCUGGCCGACAGUCAAAGCCGAAAGCCACAGCUGGAACGAGCAAGACCGGCAAGCCAUCCGUCCAGACAUCAGUCGCCAACUCCAAUGGCCCAUUUUCAUCGUUCCCACCAGAAAUCUUGAAUCUGGUCAUAGCAAAGGUAAAUUGGAACCUUUAA